CCGCGUCCCUCCGCAUCCUGCCCCCGGCUUGGCCCGCAGCCCCCUCGCCACCCGCGUCCCGAGAUGUGUCCCCCUGGCCGGGCGUAGCCGCUGCGCGUGCGCGGAACCGCGGGGCCAUGAGCGAAGCCGGCGGCGGCCCGGGCUGGGGGUUCCCGGUCCCCCAGCGAGCGCCAUGGAGCCUGGUGGCGGCGACGGCCGCGCUCUGCCUGGUGUCAGCCACGUCCGUGUGGCCGGCGGGGGCCGCGCCCAUGAGUCGGGAGGAGAGACAGAAGCUUGGGAAUCAAGUACUGGAAAUGUUUGAUCAUGCUUAUGGUAACUAUAUGGAACAUGCUUACCCAGCUGAUGAACUCAUGCCCUUAACCUGCAGAGGUCGAGUUCGAGGCCAGGAGCCAAGUCGCGGUGAUGUUGAUGAUGCCUUGGGAAAAUUUUCUCUGACACUGAUUGAUUCUUUGGACACUCUCGUGGUACUAAAUAAAACUAAAGAAUUUGAAGAUGCUGUGAGAAAAGUUUUAAGAGAUGUUAAUUUAGAUAAUGAUGUAGUUGUAUCCGUCUUUGAAACAAACAUCAGAGUUCUUGGGGGUCUUUUGGGUGGACACUCUUUGGCAAUCAUGCUGAAAGAAAAAGGCGAGUACAUGCAGUGGUACAAUGAUGAACUUCUCCAAAUGGCAAAGCAAUUGGGUUACAAACUUCUACCAGCUUUCAAUACUACCAGUGGCCUUCCUUAUCCAAGAAUUAAUUUAAAGUUUGGGAUCCGAAAACCAGAAGCUCGAACAGGAACUGAGACAGAUACCUGUACAGCUUGUGCAGGUACCUUGAUCCUUGAGUUUGCUGCUUUAAGUCGAUUCACAGGAGCAACAAUAUUUGAGGAAUAUGCAAGGAAAGCUCUUGAUUUUCUCUGGGAAAAAAGACAACGGAGUAGUAACUUAGUGGGUGUGACUAUCAAUAUUCACACUGGAGACUGGGUCAGAAAAGAUAGUGGAGUUGGAGCAGGAAUUGAUUCUUAUUAUGAAUAUCUGUUGAAAGCCUAUGUCUUGCUUGGGGAUGACAGUUUUCUGGAAAGAUUUAAUACACACUAUGACGCCAUAAUGAGGUACAUUAGCCAGCCUCCUCUACUACUUGACGUGCAUAUCCACAAACCAAUGCUGAACGCUCGGACGUGGAUGGAUGCUCUCCUUGCCUUUUUCCCAGGCUUACAGGUUUUAAAGGGAGAUAUUAGACCUGCAAUUGAAACACAUGAAAUGUUAUAUCAAGUGAUUAAAAAACAUAAUUUUCUACCAGAGGCAUUUACAAUAGAUUUCAGGGUACACUGGGCUCAACACCCUUUAAGGCCUGAGUUUGCAGAAAGCACCUACUUCUUAUAUAAAGCUACCGGGGAUCCUUACUACCUUGAAGUAGGAAAAACACUUAUUGAAAAUUUAAACAAAUAUGCUAGAGUGCCUUGUGGAUUCGCUGCCAUGAAGGAUGUUCGUACAGGAAGUCAUGAGGACAGAAUGGAUUCUUUCUUUUUGGCUGAAAUGUUUAAAUACCUUUACCUAUUAUUUGCGGAUAAAGAAGACAUUAUUUUUGACAUAGAAGAUUACAUUUUUACCACAGAGGCUCAUCUGUUACCUCUGUGGCUCUCCACCACAAAUCAGAGCAUCCCCAAGAAGAACACGACUUCAGAAUAUACAGAACUGGAUGACAGUAAUUUUGAUUGGACUUGUCCAAAUACUCAGAUUCUCUUCCCUAAUGACCCAUUGUAUGCUCAGAGCAUCCGUGAGCCCUUAAAAAAUGUGGUGGACAAGAGCUGUCCUAGAGGCAUCAUUAGAGUCAGAGAGGAGAGUUUCAGGAGUGGAGCUAAACCUCCUCUGAGAGCCCGAGAUUUCAUGGCCACUAACCCUGAGCAUUUAGAAAUCCUGAAGAAGAUGGGGGUGAGUUUGAUUCACCUCAAAGACGGGAGAGUUCAGUUGGUCCAACAUGCAAUCCAAGCUGCAAGUUCCAUUGAUGCUGAAGAUGGGUUGAGGUUCAUGCAGGAGAUGAUUGAACUGUCAAGUCAGCAGCAGAAAGAACAGCAGCUCCCCCCACGGGCUGUGCAGAUUGUUUCCCACCCGUUUUUUGGCAGGGUCGUGUUGACCGCUGGGCCAGCUCAGUUUGGGCUGGAUCUGUCGAAGCAUAAAGAGACAAGAGGAUUUGUUGCAAGCAGUAAACCAUACAAUGGUUGCUCAGAACUUACCAACCCAGAAGCAGUGAUGGGGAAAAUUGCUCUGAUACAAAGAGGACAGUGCAUGUUUGCAGAAAAGGCGCGCAACAUCCAGAACGCUGGCGCCAUUGGCGGCAUUGUUAUUGACGACAAUGAGGGGAGCAGCAGCGAUACCGCCCCUCUGUUCCAGAUGGCUGGGGAUGGGAAGGACACAGACGACAUCAAGAUCCCCAUGCUCUUCCUAUUCAGCAAAGAAGGAAGCAUCAUCCUGGAUGCUAUUCGGGAAUAUGAGGACGUAGAAGUGCUCCUUUCUGAUAAAGCAAAAGAUCGAGCAGCAAUCUUAAAAGGUAAAAUGAUUCCAAACUACAUUAUUAAUAGUAAUCCUGAGAUGGAAAGUGAAGAACAGCCAUCCUCUGAAAAUGAUCCUCCAAAUCAGAGUGCCGAACAGAUCAUCACAUCAAGUUCUCAGGACCCUGAUCUGGCUGAGCAAGCGGCUCCUGAAGAACGUGCUCUAAGCCCUCCCCCGGAACCAGCGGGCGCACCAUCUCCAGCAGAGAUGGACAAUGCUGCAAACAUUUCCCCCUCCGAACAGAAUUCCGACCCCACAGAAAACCACGAGAGCACAAGUCUCGGUGGUGAAUGUACAGAUUUAGACGACCAACCUCAAGAGCCAUCAGAAACGGAGGAAGACUCCAAUCCUAAUGUUAGCUGGGGCCAAAAAGCCCAGCCUAUAGACUCCAUAUUAGCAGACUGGAAUGAAGAUAUAGAAGCUUUUGAAAUGAUGGAGAAAGAUGAACUAUGACUCACUAAGGAAUCUGGUGGUAGGUAUUUAAAGAGAAAAGGCAAACUGCUGUGGUCAGUAGACACCCGAAUACGAAAUAGGCUCUCUGUUGGGAGGCGUUAAGUAUGGGGGUGAGCAACCACGUUCUGACCGGCAUCAUUACUGUGGCAAUUGGAGUAUGUUGCCUUAGAAGUGACCUUGUUAAAACUGCCCCAUCAAAAAUGGAAACACUCAAAUCAUCCCUACCCCCACACCCCAAAUGGCAGCAAUGCACUGUCCUGCAACCCCUCGGGCUAGGGAGAGAGUACUGGGGGUUCCUGCAGUCUCUGGAGAGACGGAAAGCACAUCUGGUCAGUGGUGGAGUGGGGAAUUUGUGUAGCUUUCCAAUUAUGGGACCUUUGGCUCCCUUGGUUUGGGGUGAGAGGCAUUGUGGGCAUUCUUGUUUGCUCCCUUUACAAAAACACUCAAGUGACGUCAGUGGCUACAAAACAAAUGCACUCAUGGUAGGACAUGGUCUUUGCGUAUCACUCGCUUGCAUCAUUCUGUGACAAGUGAUCACAAUGACUUUAUUUUCUCAUCUUAAUAAUGCCCUUUUAAUGUAAACCAAAGGAGAAGGCAGUGCACUUUUCUCAGUGUGUUUUGCAUAAUCCGUGGGACCAGGUACAAAAGGUCAGAUAGGAUAUUGUGGAAAACUGGUUACCUAACACUUGAUGUUGCAAUAGGAACUUCCCAUUGGGAAGGCUCUGACUACUCUGACAUGGAAUUUAGUGUUAUACUCUUGCAGGGUAGGUUAUAAACCCUUUCCAAUUCAUUUCUCUUAGAGGUCAUUGCCUCUAGUCCUCAGCCUUAUUGCACCCUACAUUUAGCCAGAAGGCCUGUAUUGCCAACAACUUUUGCUUCACUUUUCCAUAUUUCGCAGCCAUGAUAAAACUCUGGUAGUCUGCAGAUCCUGAGGUAGUGCCCGCUUUUCUUCUUUGAAACAUCAGCUUCUAAAGUUGCACCCAAGGAGUCCAUCAUCACAUGUUCCUUUGAAUCGUGGGUUUCAGGUUUUGUUGUUUAACUAAAUCGUCUCUAUGAUAUGUGCAGAGCCGUUGAAUUGAUUCUGUUUCAAAAUAAUUAUAUAGGACAGAGUUGAACAGCCCCAUAGGGUUUCCAAGACUGUAAAUCUUUACUGAAGCAGACUGCUUCAUCUUUCUCCUUCAGAGCAGCUGGUAGAUUUGAACCACUGAUCUUUUGGUUAACAGUCCAGCAUUUAAUCCACUGUUUCACCAAGCUUUCUUGUCCUUCUGUGGACCUGAAAAUUAACCUAUGAUGACUUAUGUAAGAAGAUUUAUACAUUAUCAAUUAACAUAUAGCUUAGUGAGAAUUUUUUCUUUCCUCUGAGUUUUCAAAAAUUGAAAACGUUGUUAAUAUCUGUAGACAACCGUAUAGUCGAAAUCAUGCCUUUAUGAAUUUUAUUUAUUUAAGAAAACAUCUGAAUCAGUUCUGAAGAAAUAUUUAAGAGGCAUCAUCUCCUUUUCCUCUCCCGUUUCUUUACACAAUAACCUAUCCUGACGCACAGUUUUGAGGUACUGAUGAACGUAAGCUGUGUAUUGAGCUGUUAAGAGCCGCAGUGAGUGCUGUAUUGUAGUUAUGUAUAUUCAUGUACAGUAUGUUUAGGUCCAAGGUAAACGAAUUCUUUUCUAAGGGGAUAAAAUAGCCACUUUUGAAAAUUCCAGCUAAACAUAAUUGGGUUGGUGAGCAAUAAAUCAGGUAGAGAAUUCCCUUUGGGGGAAAAAGAAGUCGUGGUACCCAAGAAAGAUCUUUGUUGUCCCUUAAUGAAAUCUGACACCAAAAUUGAUAGUUUUAUCUGUUUGCAUGUGAAAUUUGGUGUAAGAAGAUAGAACUAUAAUGCAUAGAGUACGAAGAAGGAUAGACAUAGUGCUUUGUUCAUCUUAAUUGCAAUGCUGCCAAAAUAGCAGAAGCUUAAUUACUUGACUUGCCUUGCCUUGAUUUAUAGGACUGGGGCUUGGAGCAAAGGAGCAGAUGUUCCUCUGAGACUUUGACUACAGAAGCCUUACCCACAUUGCUUUGUUUCUUGUAUUUGCAGCUCAAAGCCAUUGUUGUCUCCACUUUUCUAAAGUUAUCAGACAACUGUUUCCCCCCACAACAUGGAAAACCUAAUGAUGUAGGAUCCGGUGACUAAGGCUUUCUGGUUCUAUCCCUGCUGAUAAUUAGCAUUUCCAUCCCAGAUCUACUGAAUCAGAACCUAGGGUCAACCAGGACCCUCGGGGACAGAGGGCUGCUCCCGCGAGUUUCCCAAACUGCGUGUCUUUACUGGAGCAGCCAGUCUUCUUUCUCUCGCAGCAGGUAGGCUUGAACCACAGACCUUUCACCCUUUGGGUUAGCUGCCCAACAGCAUAACCCACUGAGCUACCAGGGCUUCUAUACAUAAAAAUACGUACACCGUGCACAUAAGAAUUCCCUGGGACUCUUGUGAAACUUGAUUCACAAGUUGGAUUCAGUAGUUCCAGAGUGAAAAUGUAAAUUCCAGCAGUGGGUGGAACCAGCAGGGUUCCAAGUGCUUUCAUGAAACAAGCCAAUUUACAGUCACACUCCCUUCUUUUGUCCAUUAGGGGGAGCUGUUGUCUCUCAUUGAGGUCUAGUCUAGAGCAAAGUGUUGGAACUUGUUUCAAAAAGUGAAUUCUAAAAAGUGGGGGCGGGGUGUAGAAAAAAAUAACAAAUUACACUUAAUACCUAAGAGGACUAAUACUUGACUUUUCCCUAGUUAAGAAAUGAGGGUGUGAUGUUCACUUUCAAAGCCCAAUUGACUCUACAUUCAUUUACUUGACUUACUGUCACAAAGUCAAAACGCCCAUAGCAUUCAUUUCUGGUUUUGUUACUUUAAAACCUUUCUUAGACAUUUCAUUUGCUUCCUAAAAAUUCAGGGGUUUCUGUAAGACCUUGAGUUUAGAAACAUCUGGUCUACCUCAGUGACAUGUUCCCUGCUGAGAGGCUGAGCAGACGUGAUCACCACAGCCAUCAAAAGGGUUGACUGAGAAGGAUUUAAAUAAUGUUUACAGACUUGGAGCCAAGGAAGGGUUUUAUCUGAAAGGUAAAAGUUAGAUACUAGUGCAAGGAUUUAAUUCAGGUAUUUUUACACUUUAAAACUUGUUUACCUGCUACAAAUAUGAUAGCUAUAGUUUUUUUCUGUUUAUUAAAGUCCAUUUGAAGGAUAGACCUUGAUUUGCAAUACUUUUCCCAUAAAGCUGUAAGUGUGAACGAGUUGCACUGUACUAGAGCUGUCUGGGGUGGGCAUUUUCUUGGGCCUGUUUUCUCGUUUUUGACUGUUAGGAGGCUUCCCACGGGAGAGCAACUGCUGUGACCGAGCAGAGUCUGUUAGUGCUUCCCUCUUUUCUCACAGCGUUCGAGAGGGAAACGAUUUUGACUUCUCUAACACACGUUUUAAUUUAUUUAAAUUCUCAUCACGCAACCCUUCUUACAGUAAAACCAGCCUUUGCUCUCUUGCCAACCCCAUGCCAAGUUCAUCCUUUAAAAAAGCUCAGCAUAAGUCAUUUCAAAUAGCCCCCAUCAUUUGAGGGGGGCGGGGGAGUGGGGGAAGAACGUAGUCAAUAUGCCCACUGGUCGUUUUAUGCACAAGGCUUCAGUCAGAACAUAGAAAAAAACAUUCUGUGAAUGAAAUAUUGUAUGUUCAGAUUUUAUAAAAGACAUUUUUAAAAGCCCAAUUUACAGCCGUAUAUUUUCUUAUGAUGUAAUUUAUGAAAAAGAUGUCUGUACUAACAGGUGCUGUAACACUACUGUUGUUGGGUUUUAUUGUUUGGUGAUAAAUGUAUACAAUGUUUCUAGGGGAAACUACUGUGAUGUAAAAGUCUGGGCAAAAUGUAUAUAAUCCUUGUAUAUAAUUGUGUAUUUGAUUAUAAUUACUGACUGUAUGUAAAGAUUUAAUAAAACAUGUAAAUAUUCCCAUCUA